GUUAGUCAGACGAUAUACACAAAAUGGCUGUUUAACACAGUCUGUGAACUUUAGAUCUAGAUUUAUCUUUCUGUCUGACAGAUUACAUAAACCCUAUCAUUUGGGCUUGAAGUUUAGAUAGAGAGUUGUUGAUGGACAUUACUGCAAGUUCAUUGACAGCUCUAGUCUGUAAAUGGCAGAGUUCUCAGUUCCCAGAUUGACAUCUCAGCACGAUCAGGGGAUUUACAAAUGGGAACAUGCUGUUCUACAGGUCGUCAAGAAUCGUUAACCGAAGAAUGUCAAGGUCACCACAGCUUCUACAUCCACCCCGAGGGUUCGUUCAACCAGAGUACCUACAACAUUGUCUACAGACCACCACAGUUGAAUGAACGUCUAGCGCCUGGCGAGGCUAAGCCCAGAUUUUGGCUGAACCCGAAUAGCUUUGCCAGCGGCCCUGCAGUGGUCAGUAUAGCGUGGUGCCAGUUAGGACAGACACAUCCAGUGUGUCCCCCACCACGUCCUGUCAAUAAUAAACGAUGGAACAAGAAAAAAACAAACAGAGUCGACUCCGAGAGGAGGCGCGACGCUUGUCUAGUGAUCGGAGACAUGGACAGCCAUCUGGAGGGCAGGGAGAAAAACCUGAUGGUGAAGGCGUAUCCUAAUUUUUUGUCUCCCUACGUGAACAAGUGUGUACGGCUGCGGCUCGUGUUCGCGGACCCCAAGACAGAGCAAAUGGUGGGCGAGCACAGCCACCUGAAGCACGGGCGUGAGUCUGAGACAGACCCGAUGAUGGAGAUGUCCCACCUGGUGAGAAACAUGCACUCCCUCAAGCUGCACCUGAGAUACAGUGGAUUUGUCCCAGGUUUACCGGAAGUACGUGUGGAAGAGAACCACGGCGGAGUGAAGCGGAUGAAGCGAGUUCGUUACCGGGUCAUGCCGGUCAGCUGGAUUGACCUUGACCACCGGAAGCCAAGCAUACAUAUUGUUGGUGAGCAAUUUGAAUUACUGCUCGGCCCUCCACCGCCAUCUUUCACUCCAGCCGAUUUCCCAGACGGAAACGGAGAGACCCCAAGGAUUAUGGGUAUCUACGUCCGCGCCCUGGACACCGACCCAGACACAAGGCUUAAUUUCAACGCCCGCUUGUACCACUGGUUUAACCAAUCCGUAGACACGUGGAAUGACGUCAGCGGACCAGAAUUUAAUACAGACCGAUAUUUGUGUCCUUGACAUUGAAAUUCUUACACCAUCUUCAAUAUACAAUAUAAAAUAUAAAAAGUC